GGCUCCAAACUCGGGCUGCCGGGGCAAGUGUCUUCAUGAACCCAGAGGAUGUCCGGGAAGCAUUACAAGGGCCCUGAAGUCAGUUGUUGCAUCAAGUAUUUCAUAUUUGGCUUCAAUGUCAUAUUUUGGUUUUUGGGAAUAGCAUUUCUUGGAAUCGGACUCUGGGCAUGGAAUGAAAAAGGAGUUCUGUCCAACAUCUCUUCCAUCACCGACCUCGGCGGCUUUGACCCGGUUUGGCUUUUCCUCGUGGUGGGAGGAGUGAUGUUCAUCCUGGGAUUUGCUGGGUGCAUUGGAGCUCUGCGAGAAAACACUUUCCUUCUCAAGUUUUUUUCUGUGUUCCUGGGAAUUAUUUUCUUCCUGGAGCUCACUGCUGGGGUUCUGGCAUUUGUUUUCAAAGACUGGAUCAAAGACCAGCUGUAUUUCUUUAUAAACAACAACAUCAGAGCAUACAGGGAUGACAUAGAUUUGCAGAACCUCAUAGACUUCACCCAGGAAUAUUGGCAGUGCUGUGGGGCUUUUGGAGCUGAUGAUUGGAACCUAAAUAUUUACUUCAAUUGCACAGAUUCCAAUGCAAGUCGAGAGCGAUGCGGCGUGCCCUUCUCCUGCUGUACUAAAGACCCCGCGGAAGAUGUCAUCAACACUCAGUGUGGCUAUGAUGCCAGGCAAAAACCAGAAGUUGAUCAGCAGAUCGUAAUCUACACGAAAGGCUGUGUGCCCCAGUUUGAGAAGUGGUUGCAGGACAACCUAACCAUUGUGGCUGGCAUUUUCAUAGGCAUUGCCUUGCUGCAGAUCUUCGGAAUCUGCCUGGCCCAGAACCUGGUGAGUGAUAUCGAGGCUGUCAGGGCUAGCUGGUAAAGCGCCUGCCACAGCCACUUGCAGACACUGGACAGACCCAGCCUUCCUGACCCUCCAGUGCGCCCACCUGACACCCAUGCUGCACGGACUCUGACCUCAGAGGCAUCCCGCAAUCCCAACUGAUGGAGCUGCCAAGAACUUAGUUUUGGUGGGGGGUAAAACUGGGAAAUGCUGCUC